UGUGACUCUAUUUGAUGAAAUAAUGGCGACAAUUCGCAAUUGGACGGGCAAGGGAUGCAAGCUUGUCGUAGAACUGGUAAGUUGGUUCAGCCUCCAUUCGUACCAAGUUCUGUAUUAUCCAUUUCUUGGGAUAUUUUGUUGCUAACAAAUAUGUCAGAUUAUCGUAUGGGAUAUUUUGCAGCUUCUACGUCGCCGCAUAAGGUUAUUCAUUCCGUCUAUGAUUAUCCCACUGAAUGGUUUUCCUGAUUUUUCUCCAAUCAUGAUAGUAUGAAUCCCAAUUUAUCUGGAUCACCAAUAGUUCUCCUCACCCAAGUAUCAUAAGUGAAAUAACAGUCCCAAAACUUGUACAGCUUUGUCCUUUCUUUGAACAGAAAAUAAUAGGCAAUAUUAAUCUUCUGCUGGUGUUAUCACAAGGGUACUUUCUUUUUGAGGGCGGUUUUUCAUUGUAUGGAAAACCGCUUCUCUUUUCAAUUUCCGUCGCAUUUCAUAUUUUGUAUUAGGUAACUUGUCCCUGUAGGAAAGAUCAAAACUGCCCUUUUUCUGUAUGAAAAUCUCCUGUUGUCUGUUGUCUUUCAAUUGCCAAUUUAAGGCGCAGAAGGCAAAGUUUGUGUACAAAAUUGUAGGAAGAAGAGAUCAAGCGAAAUAAAAAUGGCUCACGAAUGUCAGUGCGUAUCUCCUCAACCAACUGAUUGGGUGAAGGGAGAAGUGGUAGGAUCAGGAUCAUUUGGCACCGUCCAUCUGGCUAUAGAGAAAGCUACUGGGGCACUUUUUGUUGUAAAAUCUGCUGAAUCAGAAAUCGGAAUUCAAUCACUGGAAAAUGAGGCUGAUAUUCUUGAGAAUUUGGAUUCUCAAUACAUUAUUAAGUUCUUAGGAAAGGAUUUCUCCAGUGGAGCAAAUCGCUACAGGAAACUCAAUCUUUUCAUUGAAUACAUGGCCGGGGGUAGUUUAGCUGAGGUUGUAGAGAAAUUCGGAGGGGCAGUUGACGAAAAAUUGAUUCGAUUGUACACCAAAAAAAUUCUCCAGGGUCUGAAGUAUCUCCACGAUAAUGGGAUAGUGCAUUGUGAUCUUAAGUGCAAGAAUGUGCUUCUAGGCCUCUCAGGAAACGUAAAGUUGGCAGAUUUUGGUUUCGCCAAGAGAUUAAAUGACCGGAAAAAGGAUAAGAAAUCAAUGCAAUUCCACAAGCCUAACAUUGGUGGAACUCCCUUUUGGAUGGCUCCUGAAGUUUUAAGGAAUGAAGGGUUGGAUUUUGCUGCUGAUAUUUGGUCUUUAGGGUGCACAGUCAUUGAAAUGGCUAAUGGCUGCAGGCCUCCCUGGGGGGAUAAUUUUUCUAAUCCAAUGUCAGCAAUCCUGAAGAUUGCCUGCGGUAACGGGGUUCCUGAGUUUCCAUCAAAUCUUUCCCACGAGGGAAAAGAUUUCUUGAGCAAAUGCUUGCAAAGAAAUCCUAAAAAGAGGUGGACGGCUGAGGAACUGCUUCAACAUCCAUUCCUCUUAGGAGAGUCGAGUCAAAGAAAGGAGGAAACUUGCUCACCAGCAAGUGUAUUGGACCUGAGAUUUGUGCAUUAUGAUUCAGAUGGCUCAUCUGUUGAUGAGGAGUUCAGCAGCAGAGUUAAUCCAUUUUCCAUGAGGUGCCAGCCUAUGAAAAGCUUGGUAUCAGAAUAUCACUUUGUCUCAUCAGACGAAUGGGUCACUGUAAGAAGCUAGUUGAGAAUGAAUUGGGAGGGGGAAGGCACUUGUUUUUCUUUCCCUCUUAUUCGUCUUUCUUUAGCAGACAGACAGAUGGAAGCUUUUCCAGUAAAACGGAAAAGAAGAGAGUUGUAGGGACAGAUUGAUUUUGUAAAUGUAAAGUUUAAUUAAUCAACAAUGAGAA